CCGGGCACACGGCCGGCGGGCCGGGAGGAAGCGCCGGCACUUCCUCCGGGGGAGGCCGGCCCGGGGGCGGUGCGCGCCCCGCGGGGAGCGCGGCGAGGCGGCCGCACACGGCGCGGAGGAGGCGAUGCGGGCCGUCUGGGUGCUGCUGCCGGCGCUGGCCGCCCUGUCCGCCUACUAUGUGUACCUGCCGCUGCCCGGCGCCGUGUCCGACCCCUGGAAGCUGAUGCUGCUGGAUGCCGCCUUCCGGGCGGCGCAGCAGACGUGUCACCUGAUUCACUAUCUGAAACUCAGCCAUCACUUGAUAGUCCUGAAUUAUCUGAUUUGCACCUUUGACAAGCUGAAGUCUGUCUCCUCCGAAGACAUUAAAAUCUCGGAUGCUGUUUUUGACGGUGUGGAAGUGCGAGUGUUUGAACCUCCUGCCAAGGGAGAUGAAAGCCUCAAGCGCAGCGUUGUUUACAUCCACGGAGGGGGCUGGGCCCUGGCGAGUGCAAGAACAAGCCUUUACAACAAUCUCUGCAGAAUCAUGGCUGAAUCUCUGAAUGCUGUUGUUGUCUCCGUUGAAUACAGGCUGGUGCCCGAGGUGUGUUUCCCUGAGCAGUACCACGAUGCUCUUCGUGCCACGAAGCAUUUCCUGCAGCCUGAUGUCCUGGCUGAGUAUUCAGUGGACCCCAGUCGAAUUGCMAUCUCUGGGGACAGUGCAGGGGGGAAUCUGGCAGCUGCUGUGUGCCAGCAGCUCAGCAAAGAGGAGGAUUUGGCCGUCAGACCAAAACUGCAGGCCUUGAUUUAUCCGGUGCUGCAGGCGUUCGAUUUCAACACCCCUUCCUACCAGCAGAACAUGAACAUGCCCGUGCUGCCUCGCUUCGUCAUGAUCAACUACUGGAUCUAUUACUUGAACGGCAACAGCGAGCUGGCUCCCGAGCUGCUGAUCAACAACCACACCGCGCUCAACGUCGGCCGCGCUCUGUCCUUCCGGCCGCGCCUCAACUGGACGUCCCUGCUGCCGCCGUCCUUCAAGAAGAGCUACAAGCCGGUGGUGCAGAGCGCGGGCACGGCGGCCAUCGUGGAGCAGCUGCCGGCCCUGCUGGACGUGCGGGCGGCGCCGCUGCUGGCGGACGACGCGACGCUGGCGCGGCAGCCGCGCACCUACGUGCUGACCUGCGAGAACGACGUGCUGCGCGACGACGGCGCCAUGUACGCCAAGCGCCUGGAGCGCGCCGGCGUGCCCGUCACCCUCGACCACUUCCACGACUGCUUCCACGGCUGCAUGAUCUUCACCGUGUGGCCCACGGAUUUCUCCGCCGGAGUCCAGACCAGGAACAGCUACAUCAAGUGGCUGGAUGAGAACCUCUGAAGGGAGGGCUCCGUUGGAAGGUGUGGGAUAGAAGAGCCAACGAUCCAAAAGUGCACUUUUCCGAAUGCUGACUUCGCCAUUCAGCUGCAGCUGCUGGGGGUACUGACCACUGUCUGCAGCAUUUUCUAGCUCCAUUGGUCUUGCCCCAUAAAGUAUUUUGAGAAGUAUUUUUUCCAACUUCGAUUUUUUUUUUUUUUCCAACUUCUCCCAGAUGACUGUUGAGCCAAAUAUGGACACGUGUUGAGCAGGGGGAUCAGCAUUCCGGCGGGAUUCUUAACUGGCUGCAACUUUUAAGCUUUGACUCUUAAUUAGGUACAAAGGCCCUGGCUUACAAGUGAUGUGAGAUAAAGCCUAACACCUACAUCUACUUCUGAGAAUGUAAAAGCCUGAGCUUGUUUACAACAGUGUUGAGCACCUGAUGUAAGAGGGAGAACACUCAGGGCUAUUUGAAUAACAAGCAUGGAUUUAGGUGUUGGCUUUUUGGCACAGACAAAGGAUUCAUUKAAAUAUUUAAAAAUAUUUUUUAAAAAAGGUCAUCUAGAMAGUUAAAAUUAUGCUGGACAAGUCUCUUAGCCAAACCUGUAAUUCAGUUUAGGAAUUUGGUCUUUACUACCUUCUAAAUAUUUAUAUUUUUUAAAAGUAYAGGAUUAAAUAUAUUUUGAAUAAAAAGUAUAAUAGCAUACACACAUAUAUGUAAGAUAAAGUAUUAUGUGUAGCAGCAGAAUCUGGGUUUCUUAUGUGAGUGACCUUCAAAGCUGACUACUGAUUUGGCUAAAGAAUGUGACUUCAUCUAUAUUUAAAGCCUCAGUUUCUCCUUACAGAAAAUACUGACCUUACUAUAAAUAAUCUGCUGUGUGGUUUGCACUAAUGUUUGUAAUUAAUAGUAGAAGUUUUUGUUCAUUGACUUUUCUUUUGUGCUUGUAGUGUUUAUUGUAUUCCCUGCUUCUUGAAAGGAGGGAAGCMAGUGAAUGGAAGUGGGCUCCAAUCUAUACAGAAGAUUUAAAUUUGAGCUUUGCAACUGAACUCUGUUUGUCUUGCAGACUGAUCCAAAACUCUAGGUAAGGUGAUCUCUCUACWGGGCCGCAAAGCUGUGCAGUUUGAGCCAGCCUGUAAAGUUCAGACAGGUGGGACAAGGGAGUGAAACCACUUUGUGACAGUGUCUGUUGUCCAGGUUGCUCACAGCUUGCAGAAAUGAAGGUGGUGUCAUAAGCACAGAGGAGAGAGUGGGAGAUCAAAUUCAUCCUCAGCUUUACCACAGACUUCCUGUGGGACCCCAGGAGAGCAGCAUCAUCUCCUUAUGCCCCACUUGUGCAGGGGAGGGAGCAGUGAUUUCCUCCCUCACAGAGGAGCUGUGGGGCUGAGUUCUCCAGCCUGGGUGAAGCACACGGAUGUGAAUGUGACUGCAGGCACUCAACAGCUCCAUGGCUUUUGACUUUCCAUCCUUCUGCAAGGGCUGGCUCUGAUCAGCCUGUCCCACGUGGGGAAUGCUGCUGGGCUCGGGUCCUGCUGAGCAGUUGGUUCCCCUCUGUCCUGGYUCCUGUCAGGAACCCUGAGGCGAGGAUUCUUGGUCCUUGGAGAUCAUGACAAAGGCAGUUUCAUUAAAGCAUGCCUUAUGGCAGGAUUCUGAAAAGCUCUUCAAAAAAACCCAUCAGGUACUGGUAGACCAGUACUGCCUUCUGACAUUUGAAAUAUAUACAGAAGAGUCCACUGUCACUGGGAUUUAAAUGAAAUAGGAGAAUGGCCUUGCUCAAUCACCACUUCCUAGAAACACCAGGUUGUUAACGGGGUUGUGUGCAUUAAGAAAAGCCAUUAACGAGGCAAGGGCUGGAUGUCAGCUCAGUCAUGCAGACCAAMACUMAUUCCCAGCACAGUUCACACYGAGAUCACAGGGCAAAGCUUUUUCMAUAGUGGCCCAGAUUCUUCUUCCAUUUAGCAUUUACAAAGACKCAGUGGAAUUAGAGCAGCCAAGUGACAAUGUGAAUCAGAAUAAAUUUUGAUCAAGAAACCCAAUUAACACUGCAGAGRAAUUCAAACCUUUUGUCUGUAUUUAAAUUCUUUMCUCMUUUUUCCCGUAAAUACAACUYCAGUAGAUAGAUUGUAUGCUUGAAACAGACACGAACCAAAAUURUGUCUGUUCAAAAGACAUAACUAAUCUGGUCCAGAGUCCCUUCCCUUAGUAUGGAGACUGUUACAUUUACCUGACUUUAAACUAUGAGUAAAAUAGUAAAAAAAAAAUCACUAUACUGAGUUAUAACAACAGGCUUCCUGAAUUUCCCACUAAAAGACUAAACCCAYGUCAGAAAAGAUGUAAUUUAUAUCUACUCACUGUCAUUAAAAGAUAAUAUAACUGUAGUACUGGAAAAAAAAGUGUUUAAUAUUCAUAUAAAUCCUAUCAUAAUUAAGUUUUCCUGAAAGCUUUCUGCAAAGCUUUAGCGCAGCAUUUGUUUAUAGCUAAGUUAUAAAUAUCUGUUAUGAACCUAAACUGUAAUUGCUGCUGGUUUUUUUAACUGAAAUGAAAGGGAGAGCUGGAAUAUAUUUAUAUAUAUUCAUGGAGUCGGUUGUAAAUUUCCUUCAUGCACUGAAGCACAUUAAAGUCUUGGCACAAGGAAUGGUAGUAAGUUUAUAACUGGAGUGGCCGUGUUUACGAAGCCCUCAGCAGCCUGGUGUGCUGUCUGAGAUUUCAGCACCACGUGGAAUGAUGCACAUAAUUAACUCAUUCUGUCAGAGCAUCUGCACUGCUCUGAUCUCACAGCUCUGGGGUUUGAUAUCUGACAGCUGCAGAGACACGUGAGGAAUCCUACAACAUGGAAAACAGGUCUGAGUCCCAGCUCCAAAAAAACCUUUAGUACAUAGCCGCACAAGACACUGAUCAAACUCAGCGUAAACCUUUAGUAAGUGUUAGUCCAACCCCAGCUUUCCUCCUCUGCUUUGUCCUCCUUUGCAYACCCUCCCUGUGCCCCAAAUUGAAAGGUUUGUGUUGUUAAAAGCUGCUAGGAAGGGAUUCAGGGUUACAGAAAGCAGGUGCCUGACAGCAAGGGAUUAAGAUUGAUCCAUGUUACAACACCUGGAUUUGUUCCUGUGUUUUCCUACAUCUCCAAGUGUUUCCUCGGGCRUGUCUUGCACCUUUGUCCCUUGGUUGUGUCACAAAGCAGUUUAGGGCACUUUGCACGUUGCAGGAUCAGACCAAGUGUUUGUAGCAAUAUUUCACCUGUGCACGGCAGAGUCUUCUCUGGAGGAGACACUCAAUAAGUUUGUCUUUUUAUCUUUUCCUUAAAUCARUGAGCAUGGCUAUAUACCUUUUGUAGGUAGCUUUCCUUCCCCUUCUACAAGUAGACUUUAUCCCUCUGUUGCAAAAAUACCUUGUUCCUGAUGGCCAUCAAAGCAUUCAAAUCAAAGCUUUUUAUUUUUUUUAAAAAAAGCAAAAAUAGCAAAAUCAGCUUGCAUAACAGAACGUAUAGGCAUUCAUAUCCUGCUUUUGUAGACCUGAGAACUCUAUUAGUAGGUCCUCAGUUUCUGGCUAAUAUUUGCAGGAAUAAAUGAAAAUUUUGUCUCCCUAGCUGAGAACCUCUUAAAAGAUGGUUUUCAACAUUUCUGGAAGCCAAGACCUCUUUCAAGAGGUUUCAUGAUGCAUAAAAAUAACAAAAAAGUUGAAUUUCCUAACCUUCAUCUAAGUAAUUUCAAAAUUGCAUUCCCAGCCAAAAUAGAAAGGUCRUGWGUUUUAAGACCUACAAACUAAAUAGAAAUGCUUUACUUUUAAAGCACUAUUUUGUAGUCUUUGGGCCUCUUACAUUUUUUUGAUAUCUUACCUAACUUUACUAGAAACUUUUAAAAAUAAAAAUAUUGGAAGRAGAUAAACUUGAGCUAAACCUUUUAAGCUGCUAUGAUCUGUAACAAUGAUGUUAAAAAAACCCAGCUGGUUUAAUGUUCUCAUAUUUAUGAUGUUCAAACCCCAACAUACAACAUACUUGAUGUGAAUGCAUUCAAUACCUUAUGCAUGACUGGUUUUUGCUGUUUCUCCCAGAGCAGGGGAAAGAUUUGUAAGAUCUCAUUACCAAGUGUGAUUUGAGAUGUGCUAUCAAAAUGAAGAACAAAUAAAUAAAGUGAAAUAUACCUGUGAUUUAUUUUAUUUUUCCCAGGA